UUUUCUAUCAUGGGGGUCAACAUUCAAGGGAAACUCCGCCUUGCUCUUGGCUCUGUUAAAGAUCAUGCAACAAUUGGCAAAGCUAUUAUGCUCCACAACUACGAUGGCCAUGGCAAAGGCUUUUCUGAUAUUGAAAUCGCUGUUGUUCGUGCCACUGGCCAUGAUUAUGCCCCUAUCCAUGACAAAUACAUGCACGAGAUCCUUUACCUCGUUACUAAUUCUCCUGCUUCUAUUUCUUUUCUUGCUGAAAGGAUCUCUCGUCGCCUUCUCAAGACUAGAGACCGCCUUGUCGCUCUCAAGACUCUUCUGCUAAUUCAUCGUCUUCUUCGAGGAGGCAAUCGCUACUUUGAACAACAGCUUCGUAAUGCACAUCUUUCAGGCCAUCUUCAACUCACUACUGCCUGCUUUAUUCGAAAUUCAGAUCCUUCAGUUUGUUUUCUCCACGAGUAUGCUGCCUAUCUUGAAGAAAGAAUGGGAUGGGUCAUCAACCAAGCUGGGAAACUUGAACCUGUUAUGUCUACCUUUGAAGAGAAAUCCACGGAUACCCUUUUUCGUAAACUUCCAAGGUGUCAGGUUUUCAUAGACAAGGUGUUGAAAAGCUCAUCAUUUGAUUUUUUUCCUUGUGAUAAUUUAAUUCAAACGGCUAUGAUCAACACCUUGAAAGAAAGCUUCCAGGUUUAUAUGGCGUUCAGUGAAGGUGUUGCGGCUCUUGUUAAUAUGUUCUUUGAUUUAGCAAGACCGGCAAGAGGUUUAGCUUGUGAAAUACUCAAGAGGGCUUCCACACAGAGCCAAGAGCUUCAUCAUCUCUACGAGAAAUGCAAGAAAUAUAUUGAGAAUAAAAAUUUAGAAUACCCAUCAGUCCAAAUCAUCACUAUGGACCAUGUUCUUGCCUUGGAACAAUGUUUAGGGUGUACAAACAGCUCUUAUUGGCGCCCUAUAUCAACCAAGAUUGACACAACACCUUCAAUUUUGAAUUGUUUAACAAGAUUGACAGACAAGAAUAAAGAAAAAGGUGAUGAUAGUUUGCCGUCAACUCUUUUUUCAUGCACCUUAGAGACUAAAAUAAGCAAAGUAUGGGUGGUGUUUGAAGAUGAAGAAGAUUUCAACAAACCUGGACUUCUCAGUGGCGCACUCAGUGACCUUCCUGUUCAUCAUCAAUCAAAUUCCGGGACUGGAGAGAUAACCAAAACUUGUACUUAUUUAAACCCCUUUGCAACUUAAUUGAGAAAUUAAUUUUAAUGAAAGCAUCCAUAGUUUGCUAAGGCAUGUGCUUGAAUCACAA